AUGCCAGAAGUCAAGCAUACCGAUCGGUAUUAUGCUGCUUAUUUAAUUAUUUUACUAAACGGAUUUGGUAUUUUAAUGCCUUGGAAUAUGUGGAUUACAGUAGCUCCUGCCUACUAUGUGGAUUAUAAAUUGGUACAGACAUUUGCAAAUGGUACAACGCAGGCUACUCCUUACGCUUUGAACUUUCUAAGCUAUCUUGGAUUGGCAUCAAAUUUACCUAAUUUCAUUUUAAAUUUGAUUAAUUUAUUCAUUACUAUCAAAGGUGAUCUUGUCAAACGAAUUGGCUCAUCUAUUUUAAUUAUGGGUUUGAUCUGUUUGAUCACUCUUAUUUUCACUUUUAUUGAUACAUCACAAAGUUAG